UAUCCUGCAAUGGCUGCUUCUGUUCUUCACUGGACCAAGCAGAAUCUCUGAUUCUCAGUUGAGAGGGUGAGAAUUCAGAUAACACAAAAGUUACAAAACAAAGCCUGUUAUCUUCCCUCUUUGUUAAUGAAGCUGAUGGUACUGUUGUUGUCAAUCUAACAAAUGUCAGCUUUCGCUUCAUUUCGCUGCUGGGUGGAUUGUGGUUCCACGAAUCAUCUGUCUCAUGUUAAAUUGGUGCCUUUGCCUCCCGGAAUUGGGCCAUCGAUGCUUUCAUACCUCUCGAGAGCGGAUUUUCUGAAGCUUAACCUCUAUCCAGGCCUUAGUUUGCUUUCUUCUUUGGAGCACCGUAGUGGUAAACUAAAACUUCAGUCAGAGCCUAGAGCACCAUCAAGAAAGUUUCAUCGACCAUGUGCAUUGGUUGUUAGAUGUGAUCACCCUCAAAAUGCAGACUUUCCUCGUUACUAUUCAAGGAAAGAGAAAAAGCCCUUCCCUGUACCUGUACUGGAGCUGAGGCGAGCUGCUAGGGAGAGGGCCAAGAAGAGCAAAGGCCAACCUAAAAAACCAGUUCCACCUCCAAAGAAUGGCUUAAUUGUUAAAAGCCUGGUACCCCUUGCCUAUGAUGUGCUGAAUGCAAGGGUUACAUUAAUGAACAAUCUCAAGAAACUUUUGAAGGUGGUGAAAGUUCAUGCUUGCGGUUAUUGUAAUGAAAUUCAUGUUGGUCCUGUUGGGCAUCCAUUCAAGUCAUGUAGGGGUCAACAUGCUUCCUUCCGUAAGGGCCUCCAUGAAUGGACAUACGCAACUGUUGAAGAUGUAUUGUUGCCAGUUGAUGCCUACCAUCUAUAUGAUCGCCUUGGAAAGCGCAUUCGUCACGAUGAGAGGUUCUCAAUUCCUCGGAUUCCAGCAGUAGUUGAGCUCUGCAUCCAAGCUGGUGUCAAUCUUCCUGAAUUUCCGACAAAGAGGAGAAGAAAGACAAUCAUUCGCAUUGGGAAAAGGGAAUUCAUUGAUGCUGAUGAAAGUGAACUACCAGAUCCUGUCCCAGAAGUUCCCUUGAAAGCAAUAUUGACUGAAAUACCGGAUCCAGAAGUAGUAGCUCCUUGUGAUGAAGAGGAAACUAUCUUGCUUGCUGAGGAAACACUCCAAGCAUGGGAACAGAUGAGGAGAGGAGCCAAGAAGCUAAUGAGGAUGUAUCCUGUGAGGGUUUGCGGAUAUUGCCCGGAGGUGCAUGUAGGUCCUUCUGGACACAAAGCACAGAACUGUGGGGCCCACAAGCACCAGCAACGAAAUGGGCAACAUGGUUGGCAAGCGGCAGUGCUAGAUGACUUGAUACCUCCAAGGUAUGUCUGGCAUGUCCCUGAUGUGAAAGGACUGCCAUUGCAGCGGGAGCUCAGGUCUUUCUAUGGCCAAGCCCCUGCUGUGGUGGAAAUUUGCGUGCAGGCUGGUGCUGCUGUGCCUGAUCAAUAUAAACCAACCAUGAGGUUGGAUAUUGGGAUCCCCACCAGCCUUAGAGAAGCUGAAAUGGUAGUUUGAACCUUUGAGGAUCUUCAUCCUUUAUUCUGUAUUCUUAAUUUCCAUAUAAAAAUGUAAAUUAUAAUUGAAUAUUAGCAUCAAAAAUGAAAUGAAAUGCAAGGUUCUUUCUAUAAGAUGGAAUGCUUUUUAUGA